AUGUCUAUGCCGUCGAGUCCUGCCGGUGGCGGCACCACCACCACAACACCCCUCCAGCCCAUGUCGCAUAACCAACAACGCGAGCGCGAUCCCGCUCUCCUCUCGCCCACCCAGACUAGAGGUCGCGGCCUGACCCUCGGAGCUUCCACGGACAAUGCGCGCGACAGCUCGGUUCACGAAAAGAUUAACCAGUUCAACUCGCUCGCCGUGCAAUCAAAACAACUCGAGCGCAAGACCGCCGAUGCCGCCCUCAAGCGCGCCAUGCUUGGCCGGGAGGAGGCCGAGAGCGAAAUGCGCCGCUACCGUGACGAGUGUAGAAUGCUCAGGAGGGCGGUAGAGGAAGGGAGAGAACGGGAACGAAAAGUGGGCGAGAGACUGGAGACAGUAAUGGAGAGCUAUGGACGCGCAAAGGAGACACACGAACACACCAAAGAACUCUGGGAGAAGGAGAUCCGUCGCGCCCGAAAGGAGACCUUCAAGACCCAGAGUGCCUUUGUCAAGCUUCAGGAAGAGCUCAAGAAUUCUCGGAACGCCCACAGGUCGACCGAAGAGGAGCUUCAUCGCGAAAAGCAGCUAUGCUCUGAACGGGCACAGGACGCUUUUACCGCCAAAUACCAGCUUGUAGCUCUUCAGAACCAACUUGAGCAGGCUCUCGAAAAGAUCAAGACACUUGAGCAGGAACGUGACUCGCUCAAAACGAUGGUCGAACAAGAGAAGCAGCUCCGGCUAGUGGCCGAGGAGGGCAAACGCCCCGCAUCCGACGACGAGAGAAUUACGCCACGCAAGCGACCACGGACAUCCUCCAUCAGCUCAUCAUCGUCCGAUGUACCCGACUUUGAGGAGAUUACCCGGAAAUGGGAGUGGGAGAAGCAGCGCGCCGACAGGGCAGUGCAGCAAGUGCAGUUCCUCGAGACCGAGUGCCGGUUGAGGGUCUGCGCCGCGGCCAAAGCCUUUCGUCGAAGCAGUUCAAGCCGAGGGAGCACAAGCACUAGUCGUCGAUCCAGCCCCCGACGCAAACGACCCAGUCUCUUGAGAAUCGCAGAUGCUGCCGACGCUGUCAUCAUUGGAGGCAACGCCGAGCCGUCUCCUGAUCUCGCCUCACCAAAGCGUUCCAAGACCGACAUGCUCAGGGAGGAGCUGGGCUCUCGGAAUGACAGGUUCUUUACACCGGUUGAGCAACCUGUACGUUAUUCUCGCACGCCGAGCGUUGACCCGCUAGAUUUCGCGAUGCUUGAUAAGGACAGGACAUCGCUACUGUCGUUGCUCGACGCCCCCCAUAGAGAGGAGAGCCCAGCGUUGACGUUUAGCAUUCCCACCGUUCCAGCACCCGCCCCAGCCGCAACAGUAAAGCAGGUUGUUCGGCAAGAAGAACCGGAAUCGGAUGUCGAGGUUCAUAGAUCGGUCCCGCAUCCUGUGCCAGAGCCUGUUGUUCCCGUCCAUCAGGAACCGUCCCCCCGUUCUGCCGCGCCUUCGACCGACCCUUUGCCAUCUGUCAAGACCCUCAGCAACGAGCUACCAGCCCCUGCUCCGCGUCCUCACACCUCGAAUUCGUUUCAUCGGUUCCGGGAAGCCGCCGCCAAAGCCGCGCUUACUGUUGUGACAACCACGACAAAGGUGCCACUCAAAGACGAGAACAAGGACCCGAACCUCGCUUCCAAGAUCAUGAAGAUGCAAAAAGAACAGCAAUACCAAACUCCCAACCGAGGGAAUAUCUCAGCCGGGAGUGAAAACGAGUGGGACAAGCCAAGCUUUGACGUGACGAACCCGGCGCUGACGCCGACCAUGACGAGGGAGGAAGCUCUAGAGCAGAUAAGAGAUCGGAGAGUCCGGGCUAGGAGUGUCGGGCGUCCUGGUGGUGCUGCUGGAUCUCAGGGAACCCUGUCGAGGAAGGUGUCGACUGAGACGAUGAAGAGUGGCAGCGGGCCAAGGGGGAGGGAGCAGGAGAGGAGGGAUGUUAGCGUGCAGAGCGCGCCAACUGUGAUGACGGGAAAUAGGGAGCCCAGCAGGGGGGCGGUUGUGGGGGGGAGAAGGGUGAGGAAUUGA